AUGGGAGACCACUACCAGACGUUGGGACUCCAGCGCGACGCCAGCAAGGCCGACAUCAAGAACGCAUACUUCCGGCUCGCCCACCGCUACCACCCCGACCACCAUAACCACGCCGACGCCGCCGCCCGCGCGGAAGCCGCUCGCCGCUUCCGCCAGGCCAAAGACGCCUACGACGUCCUCUCCGACUACCACCGGCGUGCCGAGUACGACCACAACCUCCGUCGCUCCUCCUCGUCUUCGAGUGGCUACAGGACCUCCUCUUCGAGCAAACAGGGGAACCGGCAAGGAGGUGCCUCCUCCUCCUCGUCGUCUUCUUCGACUUCGAGUCACCACGGACACGGAGGUUCUCGGAGCAGGCCACGUCCACCUCGCCCGGGAGGAGGAUCUAAUCUCCGGAGCGUGCUCGUCGGGUAA